CCGAUGUUCCUCAAGGGAAGAAAUGAUCUAGCAAUUGAAGAUGCAGGGUGGAGAGUUGGGAAUCCUGGGCCGUUCUUGGCUCCGCUAUUAAGGCGCUGCACGACCUUGAGCGAGUCAGACACCUUGUGCUUGCAAAUCCCUGCCUCAGCUGUGGGGGUAGGUACCUCCCCCCGCACCCCGACUCCCCCCGGCUUCUUGGGAGGCUGGAGCUGCUCUGCAGCUUGGUGGUGGCCUGGCCUGACUUCCAAGCGCUCACAGCUCUGAUCCCACGCUAGGACACACGUGGGCCCCGGGCACGGAGCUGCUUGUUGCAGGUGCCGGGGCCUGCCUCUGCUCGCCUUCCGUGGAGCGUAAAGCUCCCAAAGCCUGGCCUUGCUGUUUUCCUUUCUAAAUGGGGAUCAGACAUUAAUUAAACUGCUGUUAAAUGCCCUGAGGUUGCAAGCUGGAGGCUUUCACUUUUAAAUGCAAAGCGUUUCACAGCUGGAGGAUUUUGUUUGCUGAACGUGGCUGUGAGCUUAUUGCCCCAUUCUCAUGCCUGGACCCAGAUACUUGGCCCAUUUCAGUGGCGUUUGAGCAGCUUUGAGGUUGCAGGGGCGGAAGGGGAGGUAAUGGAGGAAGUUGCACGUCUCUGAGGCUUCCUUGAGAGAAGAUUGCAAUCUCCCUUGCAGAGAGAAAAGUUGUUCCCCUUUGUCCCUGCCUUCUUUAGAGCCGGGUGGGUGCCAGUGCAUGGUAAGAAGCUUUAUUUUGCAGGGCUUGCUUCUUUUCAGUCUCAAUCUCAAGUGCUUUUUCCUGUCCCAAAAGAGCAAGUGUUCUUAAAAUGUCUGCGAUGCACUCCUAAAAUGCUCUUGUCUCGAAGAGUUUACAAAUCUGUCAGCUCCUUUGAUCCUCCAAGCAUGCUUCUGAAGCUGUAGGAUUAUUUGAUGCCAUAAAAAGGAGAUGUUUUCCUUCUUCUGGGUAUUGAGAUCCUGAGAGGCAUUAACUGGGAAAUCACCUACCACAAUCUCGAGCUUUUCAAUAUGUAACAGGCUCUGCCGGGGAUUGAAACACAAAUGAUGUAGGAGGCCUCCACCCAGCUGUCCUGUGAGAGGGACCAUGGCCCUGGGGCUGCUGCUGGCCCUGCUGGGCUGCACCGCCGCGCUGGACCUUGCCCUGGAGGAGGCGUGGGAAGGCUGGAAGAGCCUCUACGCCAAGGAGUACACGGGGGAGGCUGAGGCUGUCCGCAGGGAGGUCUGGGAGAAGAACCUGCGGCGCAUCGAGCAGCACAACCGCGAGGAGUCUCGGGGGCAGCACACGUUCCGCCUGGCCAUGAACCACUACGGGGACAUGAUGGAUGAGGAGUUCAACCAGCUCCUGAACGGCUUCACCCCGGCGCGGCAGGAGGAGCCGGUGCUGCUCUUCCAGGCAUCGGCAGCUCUGAAGACGCCGGCAGAAGUGGACUGGCGGGCGAAGGGCUACGUGACGCCUGUGAAGAACCAGGGGCACUGCGGGUCGUGCUGGGCAUUCAGCGCCACGGGGGCCCUCGAGGGACUCGUCGUCAACCGGACGGGGAAGCCGGUGGUGCUGAGCGAGCAGAACCUCAUCGACUGCUCUCGGAAGCUGGGCAACAACGGCUGCCACGGCGGCUACAUGACCCGCGCCUUCCAGUACGUGCGUGAGAACGGCGGCUUGAACUCGGAGCACAUCUACCCCUACCUGGCCACGGACACCUCCAGCUGCAGAUACAACCCCCAGGACAGGGCGGCCAACUGCUCUGCCAUCUGGCUGGUGGCCGAGGGCAGCGAGGCGGCGCUGGAGCAGGCGGUGGCGACUGUGGGCCCUGUGUCUGUGGCAGUGGAUGCCAGUAGUUUCUUCUUCCACUUCUACAAGUCAGGUGUCUUCAGCAGCAUGUUUUGCAGCCAGAGGGUGAACCACGGGAUGUUGGCCGUGGGCUAUGGCACCAGCCAGGAGGGCGGGAAGAACGUGAGCUACUGGAUCCUAAAGAAUAGCUGGUCGGAGGUGUGGGGUGAGCAGGGAUACAUCCGCCUGCUGAAGGGCGCCAACAACCACUGCGGGGUGGCCAGCCAGGCCAGCUUUCCUCUGCUGUGAGCAGGCUCCUGGGCCGGAUCGCGGGGUAGAAGACAGCCGUCG